UCGCGCUAGCAGUCGGGGUGUCGCGCAGACGGUUCUCUGACUUUAAGGGGUCGUCCUCCCUUGUUCCAGUGCAUCCGCGAGCGUCCCUCCCGGUAGCAAAGGCGGGAGCAGGGCCACGAAGGGGUCUCUGGGUCGUGCAGAGGCAAAGGGGCUGUAAGAGGGGGUCCCUGCCGCUGGCACCGAGGCGGGAGGUCGGAGCCCCGGACGAGGGGCUGGGCCAGAGGAGACCUCGCGGGCGUCCUGGGGGACGACCGGCUGCGGAGGGCUAGGCUGUGGCUUGAAGAUAUUCCGCCCAGACCCUGCGUGCCGUCGGGGACUCGGGGGUCCGCUUGGACUCCAGUCAUUUGGCUUGGGUAUUUUGCAGCUUUCCCACCGCCAUCCAGCCCCUCGAAGCCAGCGGGAUUGAAAAACGGCUUCAGCCAAAUGUUCUCUUCCUUCUGAGAGAGGGGCCAAGCGGGUCAGCGGCGGGGACUCGAGAGGGAUGGCCCGGCCCUUGGGGCGUGGAAGAAGUUGAAGGGGGCGGUGGGAGAGGGGAGCGCCCUCCUUGACUCUCAGAUGCCUCCUGUGUUUCCUUCUCUGCUGAGUGAGCUUGUAGGCGCUCACUACCCCGGGGGAGAGACGGUCGUGGCUCCGUCUCAGACCAAGCCACCUCUAUGUGGCUGCUGACGGGGACCCAGGAGGGAACCGGCUUGGGGCGCGGUCUCGACCUCCUCCCUCCCCGCCUCCCAGGCGCCGGUCCCGGCGAUGUGGAGACGUGAGGGGACCCGCGGCUGCCCCGGGUUCUCCAGGACUUCAGCAGCCGCCCGCGCGUUCCUCCGGGGCGAGAGAGAGCCGGGCGGGGCUCCGUGGUGGGCGGACGGGCGGGCGACGAUCAGAGCCGGACCCCCAGCCUCGCUAUGGGGCACAACGGCAGCUGGAUCUCCCGAAACGCCAGCGAGCAGCGCAACGCGUCCGGAGCCGAGGCUGGGGGCGCCAACCGCAGCGCGCUCGAGGAGUUGGGCGAGGUGCAGCUGUACCGCCAGUUCACCACCGCCGUGCAGGUCGUCAUCUUCAUAGGCUCGCUGCUCGGAAACUUCAUGGUGUUAUGGUCAACUUGCCGCACAACCGUGUUCAAAUCUGUCACCAACAGGUUCAUUAAAAACCUGGCCUGCUCCGGGAUUUGCGCCAGCCUGGUGUGUGUGCCUUUUGACAUCAUCCUUAGCACCAGUCCUCACUGUUGCUGGUGGAUCUACACCAUGCUCUUCUGCAAAGUUGUCAAAUUUUUGCACAAAGUCUUCUGCUCCGUGACUAUCCUCAGCUUCCCUGCCAUUGCCUUGGACAGGUACUACUCUGUUCUUUAUCCGCUGGAGAGAAAGAUAUCAGAUGCCAAGUCCCGUGAACUGGUGAUGUACAUCUGGGCCCAUGCCGUGGUGGCCAGUGUUCCUGUGUUUGCAGUGACCAAUGUGGCCGACAUCUACGCCAUGUCCACCUGCACUGAAGUCUGGAGCAACUCGUUGGGCCACCUGGUCUACGUUCUCAUCUAUAACAUCACUACGGUCAUCGUCCCUGUGGCUGUGGUCUUCCUCUUCUUGAUACUGAUCCGACGGGCCCUGAGUGCUAGCCAGAAGAAGAAGGUCAUCAUAGCAGCUCUCCGGACCCCACAGAACACCAUCUCUAUCCCCUAUGCCUCCCAGCGGGAGGCAGAACUGCAUGCCACCCUGCUCUCCAUGGUGAUGGUCUUCAUCUUAUGCAGUGUGCCCUAUGCCACCCUGGUUGUCUACCAGACUGUGCUGAAUGUCCCCGACACAUCUGUCUUCUUGCUGCUCACUGCCAUUUGGCUGCCCAAAGUCUCUCUGCUGGCGAACCCUGUGCUCUUUCUCACUGUAAACAAAUCCGUCCGCAAGGGCUUGGUAGGGACGUUGAUACAGCUGCACCACCGGUACAGUCGCCGCAAUGUGGUUGGUGCGGCGGGUGGGGUGGGUGACGCCAGCCUGGAGCCCAGCCUGCGCUCGGGCAGCCAGCUCCUGGAGAUGUUCCACAUCGGGCAGCAGCAGAUCUUCAAGCCCACAGAGGAUGAGGAAGAGAGUGAAGCCAAGUACACUGGCUCAGCCGACCUCCAGGCCAAGGAGAUCCUUAGCGCGUGCCUGGAGGGAGAGCGGGAGCCCCAGUUUGCACCUCCUGUGCUGCUCCUGGGUGCGGGGGAUUCUCUGUCCCAGGUGGCGCCAGCAGCCCCCACGGAGCCUGAAACAUUGCCUGACAAGUAUUCCCUGCAGUUCGGCUUUGGGCCUUUCGAGUUGCCUCCUCAGUGGCUCUCAGAGACCCGAAACAGCAAGAAGCGGCUGCUUCCCCCCUUGGGUAACACCCCAGAGGAGCUUAUUCAGACAAAGAUGCCCAAGGUGGGCAGGGUGGAGCGGAAGAUGAGCAGAAACAAUAAAGUGAGCAUUUUCCCGAAGGUGGAUUCCUAGCAAGGAUUGUAAAUCCCAGGAGGUAACAGGGAGCUCUCUUACUCCUGCCCUCUCUUCACUCUGGCCGGCCCUGUGAUUCGUGUGAGCUCACUGCAGCCAGCUCUCGGUUGACUGCUCCUGUGUGGGCCAAAUGCUGUUGGAGGGAGAGGGAAACCUAUACAAAAUCAAUUGUCCUCUUUAUUGAGGGAGUAUAUAUAUGUAUCUCAGUGAUCUGUGUCCUUGGUAAAGUUUGCAUUCCUCUCCGUGGAGACCAAAGCCAGACAGUGUGGAACGGGUCUUGGAAUGGCCACUCUGUGUGCAUUUUCUGAGGACCUCUUGGUUCCUGGGCCCAACAGAGAAUAUAGGGAGAGAAGAAUGUCCGUGAGCUUCAAGGGCGUAAGGGCCCUCUAAGGGAAGCCCAAGAUGAUGGGGUGGUAUGGCUACCCAGAAAAUGGCCAUUCGAUUUACUCAAAUAUGACAAGUAUUAAAAAGUGAUAUUGAUCUGUAUCUUCAGGGGAGAUAGGGACGUGGCAUCUGACACCUGACACCGUUUCUCUAGAAGCCUGAUCAUAUGACUCAGUUUCUCCCGAAGCCCUUCAUCUCUUUCACCGGGAUGUAGGCAAGGAAUGGCUGUCCAUCCCCAUUUGACAGACAAUGGCAAUAGCUGUGCCAGGGGGUAAAGGAGGAGAUGCUCUGUCUUGAUUAUCUUGACAUUCUUCUAACACCACUAAAGCCUCGGAAUGCUAUGUCUGCAGUGUUGGUUGGAAAACACAACAAGCACUUUACUAUGUCUUUCCCCCUUCAACUGCAUUUUUCAACCAAUGAGAGAGAAGCUAAGAGGUGGAGAAGAAAGACAGAAAUGUCCAUACCCUGUAGUCUUUUUCUCUUCCAAUGUUGAUCUCAUGUGAAAGGGGCUGUGUUGCAAUCAGUAGGAGUGAAGUGCAUUGAACAAGAUUAUCUUGUGCAAACUUUUGGGAUUCAGAGGUAAUUUAAAAAUACAGAGUUAGUGUAAACGGGAUCCUCUGGAAACAGCAAGCUAAAAAUACUUGAUUAGGAAAGGUGAUUCUGCCCAAAAGAGGGAGAGAAUUCUGACAAAGAUGGCUUCCUUCUGCUGAGGACUCCAGAACCCAGGUGUGGCCAGUGCCAUCUUGUUAUGCGCACGUUUCCAAUAUUGCCCCAAAAGAAACCAGAGACUACCAGGAAGACCAAGUCACGUAUGCAAAAGCAGAGGGCUUUAUUACAGGCUUAA